GCUGUGUGCCGCAAGAAGCUGAAGAGCAAGAGCACGAAGCCCACGAUCGAGUGGGCGAAUCCGAUCGACACCACGGGCUGCGAUGACGACGACCCUGUGAAGGCGGUGUUCGAGGACGGCACGACCCACACGGUGGCUGGAUUGACUGUGAAAGAGUACGCUGAGAUGAAGCACAAGGAGAUCAAGAACCACAUUUUCUACGAGGGUAAGAAAGAUAAGACUACCAGAAUAUGGGCAUCACCAUACAAUCGGAAAGGACAACAAUUUCUGGCGUUGUGGCAGAGAUUAGACGGGAAACGGUUGCAGAUGGUGAUCCAGAUGAUGAUGAAGCCCCAUUACAAGUACGAGGAUGGUGUCAAAUUGUUCCAGUCAAUGGGUAUGGCAUAUGCUUCGAACGAGAAAGACAAGCAGGCGCUGGACGACCAGAAGGCGCAGUGGAUGCAGGAGCGUGACAAG